AACACUCGCCGCAACGCGCGCCCAGCCGCUUUCCGCUCAAAUGUGCUUUUCUUCCUGCGUACCUACGUUCCGCGCUCCUCAUGUCCUCCGUAACUCUCUCAGGAUCGUUUCGGUGCUGAUGUGAGUCCAGUACAUUCAUUCGUUUGACACAUUUCUUCAGUCGAUGAGUAUGCGUUCACAUUGGAGUUACAUCGCCUGGAUUUGCGUCUUCAGUCUCGGCGCGUUCAGGACUUUCUGCAUUCCCAGUAAUGAAGUGAACUUGCUGGACUCUCGCUCUGUAAUUGGUGACCUGGGGUGGGUCGCCUAUCCGAAGAAUGGGUGGGAAGAAAUCGGAGAGGUGGACGAGAACUAUGCGCCCAUCCACACGUACCAGGUGUGUAAGGUGAUGGAGCACAACCAGAACAACUGGUUGCAGACAAACUUUAUAUUAAACCAAGGUGCCCAGCGAGUGUUCGUGGAGCUCAAGUUCACUCUACGGGACUGCAACAGUCUCCCCGGAGGUCUGGGCACAUGCAAGGAGACGUUCAAUGUCUACUGUUACGAAACCAAUGACGAGGAGAGGAGGAAUAUUCGGGAAAGCCGAUACACGAAGAUCGACACCAUCGCGGCCGACGAGAGCUUCACGGAGCUUGAUCUCGGAGACAGAGUCAUGAAGCUGAACACGGAAGUUCGGGAUCUGGGUCCGUUGACCAAGAAAGGCUUCUACCUGGCUUUCCAAGACCUGGGCGCGUGUAUCGCGCUCGUGUCCGUCCGUGUCUUCUACAAAAAGUGUCCUUUUGUGGUCAGGAAUUUGGCCCUCUUCCCGGAUACUAUAACUGGGGCAGAUUCCUCCCAGCUUCUGGAGGUGUCAGGGACCUGCGUCAACAACUCGGUAGCUGAUGAACUUCCCAGAAUGCAUUGCAGCGCGGAGGGGGAGUGGCUGGUGCCCAUUGGGAGGUGCAUGUGCCAGGCGGGCCAUGAGGAAGUUAAUGGCUCCUGUCAAGGUUGGUGA